AUGGGGGAGAGGGAGGCGGAGUUUGGGGUGAGAGAUAAUACUGUAAGUUCCUGGCCUACUGUACAGAUGAAAGAGAUGGACAAUGAAAGUUGUCUUCAGGUGGCCAAUGCUAUUAAGUCAGCAGUGGAGAAUGGGCCCCUCCCAAGCCUUUCUGUCUGGCCCAUGAGACACCCCCACAUCAAGCCUCUCACCAGCCCUGUUCUCCCUCAUGUAUAUUUGCCUGGCUGGAAAAUGUCCUUGCACUUGGGUGAUGCUUUUUCCCUAGUGGGAGGAGGGAGAGGGAUAUAUGAAUGUGUGUAG